AUGCCGCGUCACGAGCAGAUCCCCGACCUCGUCCACGACUCCAAGAUCGAAACGUCUGUCACGGGCAGCAGAAUCGAGCAUGUCUUCUACGAGCCGGGCCGCACUCCACAGGAGCGACAAAGACGGAGGGUUGAAUGCUGGGAUCGCGAUGUCAUUCUGGGAAAAGGCGCAUACGGCAUCGUGUACAAGGAGCGCCGGUGCAGUCAGUCUGGAACCUCAGAGACCCUCAGAGCGGUCAAGCAAAUCAGCAAAUCCGUGGUCGGCGGCGAGCCAUUAGAUUACAUCAGGGAGCUAGAAGCUAUUAUCAAAUUUUCGCAUCGCAAUUAUUCUCACUGUUUUGUGCGAUCUGAUGGGUGGUUCGAGGAGGGAGAUUCGAUAUACAUCGCGAUGGAAUAUAUUGAGCAUGGCGACUUGCAAAGAUAUCUUAGUCGACCGCUCCCCGAGUCUGAAGCGAGGCAAAUCACGGGACAAGUGUUGGAAGGCCUCCACUUUAUGCACGACAACGGUUUCGUCCAUCGAGAUCUGAAACCCGGGAAUAUCAUGGUUGUAGGAAAGGGCCCAGACUGGUUCGUCAAAAUUGCCGACUUUGGUAUCAGCAAACGCCGACAAAAAGGCGUCACCACCUUGCAUACAUUACAGCGAGGCACCCUCGGUUUCGCGGCCCCGGAAGUUCUCGGCGUGAAGACGGGAGGGCAGGGGGGCUCGUAUACGUUCGCGGUCGACAUCUGGUCCUUGGGUGCGGUGACAUACUAUAUUCUCACAAAUAAUAUGGCGUUUGAUAAUGCCACCGACAUCGUCAUGUAUGCCAUGGGGAUGGGUGAGUUUCCGAUUCAGGCCUUGGAAAAGAACAAUGCGUCAGAAAAGGCCAAGGAUUUUGUCAAGGCCCUGUUGGCUGCGAACCCAGAGUCCAGGCCGUUGGUGGCAGCGACAACUACUCUUCCAUGGUUGGCCGAGCCGUUAACAAUGAAACCAGAGGACGUGAUGACAGGUUCAAGAAGUGAAGGGUCGUCAAACAAUCUCCUCUUUACGGACUUCUCCAAAGCCUCAGCUACAUGGACGACCAACAAGAAUGACAUUGUAGAUCGGAUAGACGAUCGCUCGAUUGCUUCACAAACCGAUCCAGACGUUGAAACUGAUAAUGAUGAUGAUAUCAAUGACGAUGACAGCGAAGAGGCGCGUGACGACGACCGUACCAACGAAAAUAUGGCAAGUCAAGUCGAAACCAUUCAACCUGAAACCAUUAAAGUAGUCCCAUCUCAAAAAUACCAGCCACCAUAUGUCGAAGAUGCCGCGGACGAUUCGGCAUCAAUUCACCCUUUGCCGUUGGACGUGGACGCCCAGCUUGUUCUUGAUGAAGACGGGGACAUGACAGAGUCAGAGAAAAAAGAGAGCGGAGAAUCAGAGCUGGAAUACGAGUCAGAAACCGAUGCUUCCGAACCCGUGGCCGAUGUGAAUAAGCUCUGGAGCUCCUGGAACCUCCAGCCGGGGAGUGAUCUGCCAGUUUUGAAAAGUCUUCGAGACCAAGAAUCUUUUUGGAGGCUACAGGAAGGCCUUGGAGUCUGUAUAAGGCUUCAUAGAGUGACGGACGUCGUGGAAUCAUCGGAUCUUGGGGAACGAAUGAGCGCUGGCUCAAAGCCACGAAUCUGCUACGCAUGCAAACGAUCUGUACCCGAGUCAACUUCCGGGGCAGAAGGCUCUUGUGGCCAUUGGCAUUGCGUGCAAUGUAUUUCGUGGUCGUUGAGACACGCAGCGGUUAGCUCUCAGGCACUGCCACCAAGCUGUUGCUCAAACGCGAUCACCUGGACGCUUCCGAACGAGAUCGGCCUCUCCAUUGAGUCACGCACCAAUAUCACUCGGAAACCAUUGGUUCGUUGUGGGGAUCAUGAUUGCAAACGUCGAUUUGAACCGGUGUAUUUGGUAAAAGACCCUAAGACGAAAGCCUGGCUAGUUUGUUGCCCAGCAUGUAAACAUGCCUCGUGUUUCGAAUGCCUCCAAAGUCCAGACAGUAAGGAUCAAGUAGACCACAAAUCCCCUUGCGGCAAUAGCGGAGGAGUCCAAAGCGAUCAAAGCGAUGAAGACUCAUCUUCGGAUGGAUCUAGCUCGAAAACCCAUAAAACCAAGCAGGAAUCGGUCAGCGGCGAUGCCGAUGAUGAGUGGGAAAUCACGAACGAGGGGAAAAUUCCCCUGACCAAUACCGAGUCUGAGAGCGAAAAGGAAUAUUGUAAUCACUUUACUAAGCCUCUAAGGAAGAAGAAGGGGGAGAAAAGGGUGACAGCCAAAGCCCGGCCUCAUAGACGAAGAUCCGUCACCGUCAAUCACGUGGAGCCUCUAACAAGGCCGCCAGCAAGGCCUCCCACAAGAGUGAACACAGGCAUCACAACAAGAAACGCAACACUAAACGAUCAUCGCUCACAAUACAUAUCCUCUUUGAAAGUCCAGACGUUCAAUGGCGGCCAGCCAAUGUUCAGAGCAAAUUUGAUCUCCAUGCCUGAUGUCUUUUCGCUGGAUAAUGGCUCGAAUGGGGAUUCCACUUAUCUCCAUGGCUUAGUAGCUCGAGACAUUAAGGCAUGGAGAAAUAGCGUAACUCCAGGUUUCCCCGAUGAUUCACUUGACUCCUGGCCUGUCCCUGUUAAAUACCCAAAGAACAUGGAUUCCGAUGCAAUUGAUCACAGAAUGAACAAUGCGGGCCAGCGACCUCCAAGAAAGGCAUAUAAUGGUCCACGCACUUGGAGAAACUCGCCUGUCCCAUCGUCAAGUCGGGCGAUGCCACCACCACCGACUCAGCGGCCAUAUGAUUAUGAUUACGAUCCCAGAUACCCCCCAAUGCAGCACCCCAAUCCGCCAUUAAUAAAGGUGAACACUUCAGUACCUUAUGGUGCAGCCGAUGGAAAAUAUGAUGGACGAUCUUCACCUAUGCGGGCCUACGUGGGAAAUGAUAAGAAUUAUCUGCAAGAAGAUCGACGAUUUCCCUCAGUACAGCACCUCGAUUCGCCGUUUGCAAAGGUAGAAACUUCAAAAGCCUACGAGAUGGACGAUAUAGCAUACUCG